GGUGAGGGCGCCAGCCAGCUCACUCGCUAAACUAACCCACCGUCCCAACCCUUCGAUCCUCCAUCCCUCGACCUUCGGCCAACAAAGCAACAUCCACGGCCGCAACCUCCUUUCACCGACUCCGUCGUCAACGUUUUUCCGCGACUUCCUUCGCCUGGCAGACGGUGCGACAGUCAGUCAACGCACGUUCGCGCGACCGCUGCAUUCGCUACCGGCAUCGCGUCCACCAGGUGGAACUCUCUACGAGGCUAGCACGCGAGAGUCGGCCUGCCAGUGGUAAACCAGCUCGACGCGAGUGCUCGUCGUCGAUCCCCGUGGGAAAACGUCCAACGGUCAGGUGACCAGGCGUCCAAUCGGCACCGCAACACGUCCGUGUCGUCUCAACCCCGGACGCUGGCCAUCCUCAGCUGGAUGACCGUCAUCGGCGGCCCGCCAGCAGCGGCAUGCUAGCCGAGCGCUCGCACCAUUUUGUGUUCGCGUGAUCGGGAGUACGGGGGUGACCCCAUGUGACGAUCGCGCUCGUCAGAGGUGACCGAAGCCAGGCUCAGCCAGCGAAACACUCGCCAAGGUUGUCGUCCGUACCGGCGAGCCCUCCUAAACGAGCGUUCGAGGUGGCAUGUGCGACGGGGGGAAGGCGGUUUUAGUCGCGUAAGCGCGAUAACGAAGGUACCGCGGCGGUGAAUCGAGGAAGAAGUCGGAAGGUCUCAGCGUUCAGCUACAGAAGCAAGUAUUCCCUGCACGUUACGCUCACCACGUACAUGUAACCGCGACUCUGCACCUGUCUGUCUCUUUGAUAAAUCCUCUGUCUCUCUCGCUCUUUCUGCACACGCAUAACCGCACUCUGUCUCUGUUUCGUACCCCUCCGCGUCGCCUGUGUGCCACAACCGUUCUCGUCUCCGUUGUAUCGAUGUGUAACCGUGGUCACCUCCUUCGCUUCGCUCGACUUGGACGGCACGACCUAACCCCGACGGGCCAGUCGUCCGGCGCCUAAUUAAUCUAUCCUCGCACCCCCGUCCGCGGGAGCACGGUUUUGCACAUUUUUCGGGCACCUGUUGAUCACUCGUCCUACAUAGCCACAUUUCCGCACUCUCGAAAGUCCGUCGGGGAGUUCGAUGUCACCGUUGCACGCAGUGUCACCGCACGUAGAACAUCGCACGGCAGUUUCCGUCGACCGACGGUCAGCACGGGGAGCCGGGAAGACCGAAGGCGGAGCCUUCGGGAGACAGCCAGGGACCGGAAGCGUCGCUUGUGCCCCGAGGCGCCGCAAUUACGAACGCUAGCGAGCUAGGAUAGAGGCCCCCCCGCGAUGCGACGAAAGAAAGCAGGGGUAAGCGAGCGACCAGGCGGCCCCUCGGAGAAAAAUACCUUGAUUACGAGCACGUAACCGUGCCCGAUCGAUCCGGGUUUCAUUGUUGCCCACACUGUCGAGCACCUUAAAAGCAUCCACGACGCACCAGCACCGACCGACUCGCUGCACCCCGUCGCUAUCGUUUAAUAAACCGCCUGAUUUCAGGACGCAGGCCCUCUUGCCGCCGAGGGGAACCGGGAACCUCGAAAUGCGAGUCUAGGGAAUCCGGCUGGGCGGUCGAAACGAAUAUCGAAGGGACGAGUUAAACGCGCGUAGCGAGGGCGGACAGGAUGAAACCUACUGAACGCGUUUAAGAAACGCUUUUUCUCCCCAUGUGACACGGGAGCCUACGAGGGUAUCGAUUGAUCCGCCUGGUCAUCGCUCGUCGUACGCGUUUUCGUCCCUCGGACAGUCGUUCCCCGUCCGGGAUCCCCCCCCCCUGCCCCCCCUCUCCCCGAAGAGACCGGCCUAAGUCGGGAGUCGCGCUCCCAACCGCGGAUAUAAGGCGAAACGUCGAGGAUCCGCUCGAGAGACAAAGGAAAACCGUCCGUUGACGGCCCUCCGGGGCGACCAGGGAUAUCGUAUAUAUGAUGGCGGUGUGCAUGUUCUGGCUGCUCACGUACGUGGGGCAAGGCCUGGACCUAGCUGUGGGAAAUCGUCCGGUGAUCAUCAUGCAGGGAGCACAGGUGCAGGACUACCGGCACGGGAACGGGAUCAGGAAGAAAAACGAACUGAACUCGGUCGGCAAUAACCUGUUGCACUUCAGGAUAUAUCCUCCCGACGCGGCUCACCGGGAAGACGUGUCCAACUGGCUGCUCCUGAACGACGAGCCGAGGAUCUCCUCGUGGGCCCCGGCGGGUAUAUUGAUCGACGACAUGAUCAGGGAACCCAGGGAACUGCAAACGGUCUUCUUCGCGUUGUCGCCCAGCAUGCUGAACGUGCUGUACUCGGAGUACAUGACGGCCAAUCAGCCCGGGGAUCAGUUCCCUCACGAGGAUCAGCUCGGGAACGUGGGCCACCGUGGCAAGAAGCUGCGGAUAGACUGCAGACACUCCAGGAACACCGUCAGCCUGCCCAUCAGGGUGUGCGACGACGUCACAGGCAGGAAGACCCACCAGGAAACCAGACAAUCCAACUACGAGGAUCUAUUCGAGCAGAAACGUAGCGCUGCUGUGAGCCUGAAGACUGACUUGACGCGGAGCGAGAAACCGCGGGAGUACCAGAACCCCGGCUUCGUCUCGAGGGCGUUCGCCUUGGAGGCGAACAAGCUUCCUGGAAAGAGGAGCCAGAUGCCCACCGGACGCCGCUCCAUCGACCUUCCCGGAGAGUCUGCCCCGCAUCAAGCUCAACCUCCGUCGGCUCCUGGGGCCGGCAUCGCUUCUCAACUCAUGCUCAGAUCCACCAGAGGAAGCAUACAGUACGACGUCCCGCAGAUCGAGUGUCCAAUCUCGGAGGACGGGAUGGAAAGGUUCGCGUGUCCCACUGCGGACAGAAUAGGUAGAUACCACUGCAUCGAUGAUCACGCCUUGUGCGACGGUUUCAUAGACUGCCCUACAGGCGAGGACGAGGACAGGCAAGCCUGCAUGUUUUACAAAACUACGAAAGCUCACCUUGACAUAUUGGCAGAUGCCAUUUUGCGAUGGGCAAGAGGACGCUAAUUCCUUUGUUGACGAUGAACCUCUGACCUAUGCAUAAGAUCAUAAGUCUGACGAGUUUACUUCUUUAUACAUUCACCUAUAUAUAAAUACAACCUAUAAAUAUAAAUACAAAUAUAAUAUAUGAUAUAUUCCCGUGUAUGUGUACGCGUACACACACAGACACACACACAGAGAGAGAAAGAGAGACACACGCAUACAGAGAUACAUGGACACACGUACACACAUACACGUGUACUCGAACACAUACGGAGGGUUUUCGUUUUAUCGUUAGCGAGCAUUUUUCUUGCAAGCAACGGAUGCAACGAGACGAACCAAAGGGAAAGCAUUUUCAUAAUUAUUAAUUUUUGUAUUUUUAACUUCAAAAGAACUCCUGUUUCAUCGAAUACUUUCGGAUUUUUAGAAUGUCUAGGAUAAGUCUGGGCUAGGUCGUUACACUUUUCAAGAGGAAAGAAUUCAAACAUUGGAGAUAUUUUUGAAGAUACUUUUAGAAUUUGAGAAUUCGGAAUUGGAUGAAAAUUUUACUUUUGUAUUCGACAUGGACAAAUCGGAUAACGAGGCUUACACCUCGAGCUCCAAAUUUCUCACAUUCGAGACAAAUUCAAGCGACCUGGUUCUCCCCAAGUAAAAAGGAGGUUUCCAAAUCAGGCGUAUCUCCCUUCCUCGUCUCCUCCCCGCGGCAACGGCUUGCAAGGACAGCAUUGGCUGAUGAGAAGACGAACACCCUGCUCGCAUUUUCCCCUUUCUCCCGCAUCGUCUAUUUUGCAGAGAGUUUUCCCUCUCUCCCAUAAAUACAUAGAGGAGAGAUAGCUAGAAAGAAAGAGAGCGAGAGAGAGAGAGUGUGUGUGAGAGAGAGAGAGAGAGAGAGAAAUGUUCACGUUGAAACCAAACUCAGGGGAAUGUAAAGAUGAAUCGUCUCUUGAGCAGCACUUCAGCCUAAUAGCGGCCAAUCCGUGCUCGAUUCUCCGAAGGGUGCGGAUUCCGAUGCGAGCUCGUGUCAACGCGUUCCUGACGGUUAAAACCAGAAUCAAUUCCUGCCAGCAAAAUGGCGGCUGCGACUCGAGGCUGAAGCGGCUAAACACUUGGCACGAUCCUGCGUGGAUUCAUAUUGCGAAGGUGACUCGAAAUGACUGUUGGAGGACCUUGGAUGACCUUGGGUGACCCUGAUAGGACAGAGGUUUAAGAUAGAGGACACUUGGGUGAAUUAGUUCGUCUGCUAGACCUCAUGAAGUUGUUCGGGUUAGGGAAGUGAGUUCGGGAUUGAAAUAGUUUUAUCGUCAAGUUGUCAGCAGUACCUGGUAGCUUAGGAGGUUCAAGACUAGUUGUAGCAAUUAAUAAUUUUCACUUUGGUGGCCUAUCAGGCUUGGCGGAUGGUGUUCGGCACUAGUUGAUACCUUAGCAGGUCCAGAACUACCUGUUGCAAUUGGUACUUAUCAUUUCACCGAGCACUUCUAAACUAAAUUUGAAUAUAAGAUCCCUGGGGUGCAGUCUAGGAAGCUCGAGAUCCAUAGGUCCUCCGGUACGAAAGAGAAAUAACUCAAAAGUGUGACAAUCAGUCAAUUUUUUUAUCAAAAGUAGACUUAGGAUUAAAUCGGAAACUGGACGACCAGUUUCCUCGUUGUCUGAGACUCAUGGACGAGUUACCUUCUAUCUAAAAAGACUCGAUUCGAACUUACUUUCAAAAUUACACUCGCUCUUACUUGAUACGAAUAAAUGGUACACGCAGACGUAUCUAUUUAAAACGCUGAACAAAAUAUAGAGGGUACCCUAGAAUUGCUGUGAGAACCGGAAAUAGGGGAUAGCUGAGACGAUUCUGGACAACAUUUUCCUUUGCGAAAAUGCCGGACGGUGCUUCGUUUUUGAAUUAUUGACGAAAAACCACCGACCAAUCGCAGCGCCCGAGUGACGCGCGCUCAGUCGCGAGAGGUUGGCUCAAGCUAGGAUGCUCGAAUCAGGACGCUCGGGCCAGCCACCGGGCCCUCCUCUCGCGGCUGAGCGCGCGCUGUGAUUGGUCCAUGGUUUUUCCUCAAUAAUUCAAAAACGAAGCACGAUCCGACAUUUUCGCAAAGGAAAAUGUUAUUCAGAAUCGUCUCAGCUACCCAUCAGUUCUUACACCAACUCCGGGACAACCCGUAUAUUACGACUCUAGGAACGCGUUGCACGAGCCUUCCCGUCGCGGCGACUAGGUAUCCUCACGUAUAAACUAUAAAGUACAAAUUAAGGGUGUCCGAGGUUUCAAGGGGGCGUUGAAGGGGACGGCAUUGACGCGACCUUAAACAAUCGAGCGAUUCCCGCGCGUAAACUCACCUUCGACGACUUUAUUUUCGUACGGCACGAAACGCUACCACAGGACCUUUCGAAGACUGAGAACGAGCCACUUAGUUGGCCUGAGGCCACAGGUAGUUCACUUAGGCCCCCUCGCCAUCGCGAAUCUUAUGCGAAGCCUGCAGGACUAGAAGCUUCGAGUUAAUAACGAUAAUUACUUGCAGAAAUAUAAAUUUGGUCGUUCUUGUAAUCAUUGUGAUAAUAAGAAACAACUAUAAAAGUCUGGAAACUGUUUAAACUCAUACUCUUAUGUUAAUAUCGAACAGUCCUGCAGGCUGACUAAAUUCGUUCCUAUCUAAAAGCAUCGAGUGAGCAGCCCCUGAGCAGUAAUACGUAGAUCCAGGUUUGAAAUGGUCGCCAAAGGUGUUACGACGACGAUUCCAGGACUCGGUGACCCCACAGAAACGAGAAUCGUGCGUAUUAGUUCAUCUGAGUCCCUCUCCCCCUCCCCCUCCCCCCCAUCUCCCACUCCUCUUGGUUAUCGUUCCAAGAUUCUCGGCCGCCUGGAUCGUCUCAUUCCCGGUUCCUCCCCCCCGUUCUUCACGGUUCUUUUUUCCUCCUCGUUAAAGUAAAUAUUAGCUUUAGCGGUAAAUGUUUGACAGUGUCCCGUGCGACACGCCUCCCUUUUCUCCUGCAAAAUUGUUCAGAACGAAGUGGAGAGGCGAAGUGUUUGCGUGCUUGAACCUUGUCGAUGACAGAGACACGAAAAGAAAAGAAAAGAAAGAGAUUUUCCCGGCUCGAAACUUGCUGCUUCCCACCGUGGCUGAUUCCGGCUUUGAGUUUCCCAUAUAAUCGAUCUUGGAACGGUACGGAAAACUCGCGAUAUCGGUGUCGAUACCUCUGUCCCUCGGGUUGAGAAUCUUCGUUCUCGAUGGUGUGUGUGUGCGUGUAUGUGUGUGUGUGUGUGCACAAUAUU